AUGCUGCUCCAACUCCGCCUUCAUGUUUCGCCCGCCUCCAACUGUAGGCAUUUUGCAAUCAGACAUACCCUUCAGCGGCAGCAGUUGUCGAGCAAUCCCUGUCGUCUUGCUUUUGAUAUUCAUAGACGACCUUCAGCAGUUGCCCCUAUCAGGGCUUCAGUUGCACAGGAGAGUCCUCAGCCGGAGAAGAAGAGCUUCUGGGGUGCGGUCAGCUUGAUAAUCGGGACUGCCGUUGGGCCUGGCAUGCUGGGUUUGCCCGCGGCAACCAUCCGAUCCGGCCCACUUCCCUCCACCCUUGCCAUUCUCCUCUCUUGGCUCUAUGUCAUCUCCUCUAUCCUCCUCGUCGCCGAGCUCACCUUUGCUGCCAUGGAAGAGGACGGCCUUCAAGAGGUCAGCUUCACCGGGCUUGCUACAAGAGCAUUAGGAACUCAUUUCGGUGCCUUCAUUGCUCUGGUCUAUGCCUCCCUCAGCUUUGCCUUGUUAGUCGCAUGUGUUUCCGGGAUUGGUUCCCUUGUUUCCCAGUGGUUUCCGUCCCUGAAUCCUAUAAUGGCUAAUGCUUUCUUUCCACUUGUCUUCGGCUCACUCCUAAUGUUUUUUCCAUUCAAUGCGAUCGAUGCUGCGAAUCGUUUUCUAUGCUGCAUUAUGCUUUUCUCCAUAACUGCGCUUGUGGGCAUUGGCUUCUCUGUGUCCAGAGCCACCUUGCGUGCUUCAUUCGGCAAUGCCUCUUGGCGCCUUUCCUCAAUCUUACCCGCAAUUCCUGUUACCGUCCUCACUUUGGGCUUCCAUGUUAUCACCCCUUUCAUUUGUAAGAUUGCUGGUAACAGUCUCUAUGAAGCUCGCAAAGCCAUUCUCUUUGGUGGGGUGGUUCCGUUGCUCAUGGUUCUGUCUUGGAAUUUCAUUGUCUUGGGCCUGUCUGCUCCCAACACACCCUCCUCCACAUCUGACCCUAUUUCCCUUCUUCUUUCUGUCAACCCCUCCGCUUUAUCUGCAGUCCAAGGAUUCGCUUUCUCCGCUUUGGCAACUAGCUUGAUAGGUUAUGCUGUAAGCUUCCCUAAACAGCUUCUUGAUACUUUCCAAUUGAUUCUAGGAAAUAUCAGACUGGAUUCUCGUGGCAGUGGUUUUGGAAGAGUUGGAGUUGCUGUUUAUUCUGGAAGGCCAAAUCUUGGAACUCAAGGAAGGGUUUCAUUUACCACUAAUGCAGCUGCCUCACAAGCUGAAUGGGGAUCCAACAUUAAUAUGUUUGUGAUGCCAAUUGUGCUUGGUGGUCCAGUGUUCAUCGCUUCUUUCUUCCGUUCCACAUUUUCCAGAGCUCUUGAUUUCUCUGGGAUUUAUGCAAACUGCUUUCUAUUUGGCAUCCUUCCUCCGCUAAUGGCUUACAUGCACCAAUCCAGGAAGAAACCAAGGUCAUCCAUUUUGCCAGGGGGAUAUGGUGCACUGCUUCUCCUCUUCGUAAUUGCUGUCAUCUUGGGAAUUUGUCAUUAGCUGGCUACCAGGUAGAUAUCUCAACAAUUCCAAGCACUGUUAUGAGGUCAGAUUUUUCUGUGACUUUACAAACUUGUCCUCAUUCUUUGUAACCUCAUUAGAAUGAUAAACUCAUCUUAGAAUCCUUUUAUGGAACACAGUUAAUAAUUCAGUGCAUUUCAAGUAGUAACUCAACAUGCUUGUAUUGCCUACAUGGCACAUGUAA